AUGUUCCCGGCAACGGCUGUCCUGUUUGCUCACAGUCUUCAGCUAGUAGUGGGCGAUAGAUUAAAGGAGGUGAAGUGCCUUUCUCAAGCAAUGUCCAAAGUGUCAAAACUUGCAACUCUACUGCAUAGCAGCACAAUUUUCAAAGACAAGUUUGAGGCCGUCUUUGGCUAUGGCAAAAGCAUUCCAGUGGCCACUGUAACACGAUGGAAUUCCACCUUCAAGCAAAUACAGGCCAUUACGGAGCUGGAUCACACCACCUUGACAGAAAUGUGCUCUCCCGACUUUAAGAAUGUUCUCAUCACAACAAGAGAGUGGGCUCAGUUGAGAGAACUUUGUUUGAUUCUUGGACCUUUUGCUGAACCAACUGAAUUAACAGAGGGAGAAAAGAUCAUCACAAUCAGCAUGGUUGUUCCAACAGUGCUUGACCUGAACACUCAUCUAAUUCAGAUAGAUUCGCCAAAGAGCCUCUGCAGGCCAUUGAUCAGAGCACUCCGGGAGUCACUCCAACAAAGGUUCUCAAGCAUCUUCAUUGCACUUCAUAUGGUAGAGCCUGAGGACCAUAGCUUUGAUGCACCAUUUAGUCAUGAAAAUCUAUGCACAAGCUGCAAUGUUGGACCCUCGGUUUGGAAUGAGCUGGGUCGACAUGGAUGUGAGGGCCAGUGGCAGCACUGUUGCUAUAAGAGACUAAGGGAGGAGGUGCGGAAGUCGCUGACAGACUGCUUGAUAGCUGAAGCAGAAAAGGCUGACCUGGAAAAUAUCCAUGCCAGAGAGGGACCUACAGCAGAACCACCUCAUUCUCCUCCAAAUUCCAAGAUUCCACGACUCCUGGCAAAGUAUAAAACUCAAAAAAAUAAACAUAGCACUCCCACUGAGGCAAGCAUUGUCACCCCAGGUUAUGAAAUACUUUGA